AUGGAGGAGCUGGAGCUGUACACCAACGGCUUCACAGGGCCGCUGCCCAAGGAGUGGGCCGGGAUGGGCAGGCUCAAGACGCUGUACCUCUACCAAAACAAGCUCACCGGCACGCUGAGCCCCGGGUUUGGCGCUGCCUGGCAGGCGAUGGAGGACCUGGAGCUGAACAAGAACGCCUUCACUGGGUUGUUGCCGGCGUCGUGGGGCUCCUUUACGAAGCUGAGAAGGCUUUGGCUCAGCACCAACCAGCUCCAGGGCAGCAUCCCACCCUCCUGGGGUGCGCUGGGCGCGGUGCCCAUCAGCACCCUGGUCCUCAAGGAGAAUGCUGGCUUGGUGGGCUGCCUGCCGCGGGGCCUCGAGUGGUUCGGAGGAGACGCCAACAUCUGCCAGAGCACGGGCCUGAAGUGCUCUGUCUGCUAG